UCUAAAAACUACAACGUCUAACGUUAAAGCCGCUCGGUUAGCGUCUGCUCGGUUCCGAGAAGGGGUUCGAGGGUUUCUGAACGUCCAGGCUGGACUUUUCUGCUCCAAACGAUAAACUGCAGUGUGUGAAAACGCGAGCGGUACUCGUGAGCUAGCCGAAGCUAACUGACCGAGCUAACGGUUGUCGUCGCUCGUCUCGGGUGUUGGUUGACGGACUGUGAAUGUGAAGUGAACCGCGCUGUGGCGUGUCUGUGUUUCUGCUUGUACGCAGUGUGUUGCAGCGUUGCGAUCCGUCUCUGCUGGACCCCUGCGGCGACUCGGAGCAGCCGGACUCCGCUGAAGGAGCCCGGAUGGUCCUCUACCUCACGUCGUCGAGUUCAGAAGGUUUUGUGGCGUCAGCUGUUCGUCCUGGACUCCAUGAUGUCUCUACUGGAGGGUCUGGGGUCUGCCCAGCAACUGGUGACACUGCCCUGCCCCCCCCAACCCGAGGGCGGGGCUCGGGGCAGGUGGAAGGCUCUGAAGGUGGAGAGCAGGUCGGGGGUGGAGGAGACAGAGACUCUGCUCAGAUCUCUGCAGGACAGAGUCCAACAGAUCCACAACAGACGACACACUCUCACACAGCUGGUCCAACAGCUGCACAGCAAGAAGCAGCAGCAUGAACAGCUGGAGGAGUCUCUGCUGAAGGCCCAGAAUGCAUUGCAGGCAUGCGAUCGUCAGCUGACCCAGCUGAGGGCGGAGUCAGAGGCGGUGCUCGGUCAGCUGAUCAGCUGGCAGAGACUCAGAGAGGAGCUGCAGGUGUACGUCUCUGCCGUACAGGAAGUCGUGCAGAUCAACCUGCUGUCCUUCAACCAGUUGGAGGUGUGUGUGGCGCUCAGGCCACGACCCUCCUCUGACCUGUCGUCCAAUGAGCUGGAGCCGCUGAAGCUGUCGGUCACCUGGAGCUCCGACGAGCGCUUCAGACUUCAGGUGAAUGAGGGGACAGCCGGUCUGGCGGAGGACUGUCUGUCGGGCAGACGGUCAGAGCUGAGCGCCGCCCUGCUGGAGGUGAUGCAGUGUUACCUGGGUCAGGCUGAGCUUCUGUCUGAGAUCCAGGCCCUGAGGUCCAGUUUCGCCAUCGACUGGCGUCCCGCUCGGCGUCUGCUGGUCUACCUGAAGUCGGCACUGCUGGUGUGUCACCUGGAGGUGGAGGAGGGGUACCCGAGCAGCGGACGAGCCCGACUGCUGUCGGUACGCAGAGAUGGACAGCCUCUGGACACAUCUGGACUGAAGCCUCAUAAAACCGAUCUCAGCCUGACGGACUGGUUGGUUUUUCUCUGCAGCAGUCCACUCAUCUGACGGACGCUUCGUUCAUCCCUUUGUCUUCUCCUCUUCUUUCUGUCCCUCCACACGUUUACCUUUUAUCCCUCUAAUGUCCACUGGGUGUCAGUGUCUGACCUGUAUUUGUCCCCUCUGCGUUUGUUGGACACAGAGGAAAGAUUGAUCCUGUUCUUAUACUAAAGCCGUGUCCACCGGUCUGCUUGUCGCUGUUUGUGUUUCUGUUUUAUUUCAUUGUACAAAACAUCAAAGUGUAAAUA